AUGCAACAGAACCAGACGUAUUCUUGGUAUUCGACCGAGUUCGACGUUCCUCACGCAUUCGCCCAAAAGGGUCGUCGAGUCUUGCUGAAUUUCGAAGCUGUGGACCACGAGGCGACUGUCUAUGUCAACGGUGACAUAGUCGGCACUCAUAGGGGAGGCUACUGGCAUUUCAACUUCGACAUCACCAAGUUUCUUACCCCUCAUGGCACUAACACCCUACACGUCUUCGUAUUUGACCCUACGGAUCAUGAAGGUUACAUGAAUCCUGUUGGAAAGCAGACUCGUACUCCUUCGCACAUUUUCUAUACACCUUGCACGGGUAUCUGGCAGAGCGUAUGGUUUGAGUCGGUCCCAGAGACAUACAUCAACCAGCUGGAUAUCAUUGCUGACAUGUCCGGACAAGUUAACGUGACUGUUGGAACUGCUCACGCGAGUUCUGAUCAAGUUACCGUCUCCGUCAUCGAUAGCAAAGGAAAGGAGGUAGCUUCAGCAAAGGGUGUUGCUAACCAGGCUUUUGACUUCAUUGUGGACUCCCCUAGCCUAUGGUCUCCGGACUCGCCAACUCUUUACAAUGUUACCGUUAAGCUAGGGCAGGAUACUGUAAACUCAUACACAGGCUUCCGAACUUUCUCUGUCGGCGAAAUUGACGGAGUUAAGCGCCCGCUUAUUAAUGGCGAAUUCAUAUUCCAGUUCGGCACGCUCGACCAAGGUUUCUGGCCCGAUGGUAUUUACACACCGCCCAACCGAGAAGCUAUGGUUUACGACCUUCAGGUCCUGAAGGAUUUGGGUCUCAACAUGCUGCGAAAGCACAUCAAAGUAGAGAACGCUCUCUUCUACCGAGCUUGCGAUGAACUCGGACUGUUGCUCAUCCAAGACAUGCCGUCUAUGCCUCUUCGAACACCAGAUGCAGAGGAACAGGCUGACUGGGAACGCCAGCUAGACAUUCUCAUCCAGCAGCACAAAAACUACCCCAGCAUUUACACUUGGGUCAUCUAUAACGAGGGAUGGGGUCAGAUCACAGACUACUACCCAGAGUUCAACCUCACAGACCGCGUCAAGGCGCUUGACCCUACAAGGUUUGUUGACGCUACGACUGGGUGGCAUGACCACGGCGCCGGCGACUGGCACGACAACCACCACUACGCAAACCCGCAGUGUGGUACUCCUUUCUCCUCCAUCGAGUCCACACCUUACGACCACCAGCGCAUUGCCAUCCAAGGUGAAUUUGGAGGAAUUGGCCACAAUGUCUCCGAAGAGCACCUGUGGAAGGUAGAAGCCGCUGUCAACAGCAUCAACCAGACCUACGAGAUCGACCUGGAUCUCGACGCGUAUAACUACCGUGGCCAUCUCCUACUAAGUGAGCUGCGCGACCAGAUCGAGAAGUACGCAUGCUCGGCUGCCGUGUGGACUCAAACCACCGAUGUUGAAGGAGAAGUCAACGGCUUCCUCACUUAUGAUCGUCGUGUUCUCCGUCUCGACAAGAAUCAGUGGCAAGCCGAUAUCCAGGCUCUCUACGAUGCCGCGGCGGCCCGAGGCGGCAAGGCCUCGAAGAAGAGGAUGGCGCUAUGA